GAGGCGGGAGCGGAAGGGAGGCAACGGGCUCUGAAACAUGGCGUGCACAUACACACGCAGAGAGAUGACAGCCGGCGUGUGUUUGUUUUCUGCGCUUAUCGCCGCAUGUGUGAUGCUGCAGCCCGCAUCGGCCAAACCGGGAAAAUUGAGGGUUAUCACAGAUGGAGACUGGGAGGACAUCUUGACGGGGGAAUGGAUGAUCGAGUUUUUUGCUCCAUGGUGUCCAGCCUGCCAGCAGCUCCAGUCCGUGUGGAAUGAGUUUGCAGAAUGGAGUGAAGAUUUGGGGGUGAACAUUGCCAAGGUGGAUGUCACAGAGCAGCCUGGUUUGAGUGGGAGGUUUAUCAUCACAGCUCUCCCAACUAUCUACCACUGUAAAGACGGUGUAUUUCGGCGGUAUCAAGGGGCCCGAUCUAAAGAUGACUUCCUGAGCUUCAUUGAUGAGAAGAAAUGGCAGAGCAUAGAGCCGGUCUCUUCCUGGUUUGGUCCCUCAUCCUUACUAAUGAACGCGAUGUCCGCCCUCUUUAAGUUAUCCAUGUUCAUCCGGCAUUGCCACAAUUACUUAACAGAGCAGCUGGGCAUCCCGGUUUGGGGCUCAUAUGGAAUUUUUGCUCUGGCAACACUUUUCUCAGGAUUGACCCUUGGAUUGGUGCUGGUUUUCAUAGCAGAUUUUGUGUUCCCAUCACGCCGGUUUGCACCAGAUUAUUACUACAAAAAACAGCCUUCAGGGCAGGCACGUCUCCUGCAGCAGUUAGAAGAUGAGCAGGAAGCAGACGGAGAGGAAGAGGAUGAUGAAGAUGAGUACGGAGGAAAGGCUGAAGAGUGGCAGCAGGUGGGCGGUGCUGAUGCUCUCAGGAGAAGAGGUGUUGGUGUGCCGGAGGAGGACACCUAGAGGACCGGAGAGGAACUGCCUCUAUCUCACUGUGCACAAAACCACCACUCCAAACACAUCGCUAUGGCAACACCCACAUGUUCUGCCAUGGCAACACUCAUUGAGUUUGUUGAUGUCAUAGCUUCCUCCCAAAUAUUCAGUCGUCUCUGACUGUAAGACUGAUUUGGUUUUGCUUCUCUCUCUGUUUCUCGCCACUGGUUUGAGUGUUUUAUCUUUCAUAGCUGUCCAGUUUUAAUUAUUACACUCCUUGCUAUGCAGUAUCUCUAGUGUGUGUGUGUGUGUGUGUGUGUGUGUGUGUGUGUGUAUGUGUGUGUGUUAGAUAAAUAUUAGAACUUACUUUAAAGGAAUUCCAUGAGUCACAGCUGCAAUAUUCCCCAUACAAAGGGUGAGUAAAUAACCAAGACAACAACCUCACUGUGAAUCUGUGAUUCAGUCGUAAUUGAGGCUUUUGGGAAUUUGAAAGGUUUUGCGCUUUACUUUGUAAAUAUUUUAUUUUAGAUUUUUGAAUGCCUGUUAGAUAAAGACAGAAUGUUCAAUUUGCUGUUUUAAUGGUUUUUCUUCCACUUAGAGUUCAGCUUCAUACUUUUUGCAUUUGUUUUUUUGUUGUUGCAGUUUUGAAAAACUAGAAAAUUAACAGCUGUUUCUUAACGUGUGUUUGAGAGAGAGAGAGAGGUUAUUUUCUUGAAUGGAAAGGAACCUAUGAGCACAGUGAUCAGAUCUUAUAAUGUUUGACACGUGUAUCAGCGCUCACACUGAAUCUGACUCUAUAAGGGUAUUCCAUUCAUUUUAAUCCACCACAUCUUGUUGGUUUAAAUGUUGUAUCUGUUACAUGACACAUAGGGAUAUGUGAUUGAUUUGAGUUGGUGUAUUACAGUUGAAGUCAGAAAUUUACAUACACCUUAGCCAAAUACAUUUAAACUAAGUUUUUCACAAUCCCUGUCUUAGGUCAGUAAGGUCUUUAUUUUAAGAAUGUGAAAUGUCAGAAUAAUAGUAGAGAGAAUGAUUUAUUUCAGCUUUUAUUUCUUCACAUUCACAGUCGGUCAGAUGUUUACAUACACUUUGUUAGUAUUUGGUAGCAUUGCCUUUAAAUUAUUUAACUUGGGUCAAAGUUUUUGGGUAGCCUUCCACAAGCUUCUCACAAUAAGUUGCUGGAAUUUUGGCCCAUUCCUCCAAACAGAACUGGUGUAACUGAGUCAGGUUUGUACACGCUUUUUCAGUUGCCCACAAAUGUUCUAUUGGAUUGAGGUCAGAGCUUUGUGAUGGCCACACCAAUACCUUGACUUUGUCCUUAAGCCAUUUUCCACACCUUCGGAGGUAAGCUUGGGGUCACUGUCCAUGUGGAAGACCCAUUUGCGACCGAGCUUUAACUUCCUGGCUGAUGUUUUGAAAUGUUGCUUCAAUAUAUCCACAUAAUUUUCCUUCCUCAUGAUGCCAUCUAUUUUGUGAAUAGAUGUCCCUGCCAUCUCACCAGUCCCUGCUGCAGCAAAGCACCCCCAGGACAUGAUGCUGCCACCCCCAUACUUCACGGCUGGGAUGAUGUUUUUCGGCUUGCAAGCCUCACCCUUUUUCUUCCAAACAUAACGAUGGUCAUUAUGGCCAAACUGUUCAAUUUUUGUUUCAUUAGACCAGAGGACAUUUUUCCAAAAAGUAAGAUCUUUGUCCCCAUGUGCACUUGCAAACUGUAGUCUGUUUUUUUUAUGGUGGUUUUGGAGCAGUGGCUUCUUCCUUGCCGAGCAGCCUUUCAGGUUAUGUCGAUAUAGGACUCGUUUUACUGUGGAUAUAGAUACUUGUCUACCUGUUUCUUCCAGCAUCUUCACAAGGUCAUUUGCUGUUGUUCUGGGAUUGAUUUGCACUUUUCGCACCAAACUACAUUCAUCUCUAGGAGACAGAAUGCGUCCUGAACGGUAUGAUGGCUGCAUGGUCCCAUGGUGUUUAUACUUGCAUACUAUUGUUUGUACAGAUGAACGUGACCUUCAGCCAUUUGGAAAUUGCUCCCAAGGAUGAACCAGACUUGUGGAGGUCCACAAUUUUUUUCUUUUCUUUUUCUUUCUCUGAGGUCUUGGCUGAAUUCUUUGGAUUUUCCCAUGAUGUCAAGCAAAGAGGCACUGAGUUUGAAGGUAGGCCUUAAAAAUACAUCCACUGGUACACCUCCAAUUUAGUACACCUCCUAUCAGAAGCUAAUUGGGUAUUUGUCUAAAGGCUUGACAUCAUUUUGUGGAAUUUUUCAAGCUGCUUAAAAGCACAGUUAACUUAGUGUAUGUAAACUUCUAACCCACUGGAAUUGUGAUAUGGUCGAUUAAAAGUGAAACAAUCUGUCUGUAAACAAUUGUUGGAAAAAUGACUUCACAGCAGUGUUAUUCACAAAGUAGUUGUCCUAAAUGACUUGUCAAAACUAUAGUUUGCUUAUAUUAAAUCUGUGGAGUGGUUAAAUUAGUUUUAAUGACUUCAACCUAAGUGUAUGUAAACUUCUGUCUUCAACUGUAUGUUCUGUUCUGUUUCUAUGAUACAGUGGAUCGUAAGAUGUCAAUUUGAAAUGUAGCUCAGUCUUCCAAAUGUUUCUGAAUGCAGUUUAUUUUUACUUCCAAUAUUUUCAUUACCUAAAACACUCCCUGUAUGAUGCAAAUGAGCAUCAAAACUCCUACUACUGCUAACUCUUUGCCUCCGACCCGUGACUGAUACCUGACUCUCCCUCGAGAACUUAAGUGCUUCUCAGUAUAUUCUGCUCAGCUGUCCACAGCAAAAGUACUAAAGUGUGAAUGUCUGCAAUUGCAACUCUUUUGCUUACAGUGUUAGUAUGUAAGGUUUUUGGGAUGAUUCUGGAUUUGAGUAUGAAUCAGAACUGUUAAUAAACAGUUUAAAGCUG